GAAUAAGACCAGCAUUCUCACUCAACCUUGAAUUUUCUGCAAGAAACAUCUUCUUCUUCUUCCCCUCCAACUUUUUUCCGGCGGAAUCUACUUGGGAAGAGUCUGAUUCAAAAGCGUCUGUGAUAGAUCACGUCGAACCGAAGCAUUUAAGAAAGAAGCUGAUAACUUUUGGUUUAAGCACGCAAUCACUUUGAGACAAGGGCAGAGCUAGUUUGUGCCAAGGGGGUUCAAUUGAAUCCCCUUCGCGGGAAAAUUGUAUUGCGUAACUAGGAAAAUAAACUCUUAUGAAUAUCUAUAAACAGUUGAAUCUCUUUGACAUAAGGAAAGACUCUAUUUUAAUGGCAAAGGGGAUUCAAAAAUUGCUUCAGGUUAUAGGUUGACCAAAGGGAGAUGGAAGACAUACUAACGGAAAUCCCUCCACCUUCAAGGUUCUUUUUGGAAGAUCUGAACAACUUUUGUCCACCGUCUCCUCCUCUUCCCUCUCCAUUCCUGUUGUUUUCAACUCCUAACCAGGAGAAAUAUUCUCGCCCUUCUCUCCUCAUCAUUGCCAUGUCUUCUCCAUCGCUUCAAGUUUUUCAUCAUGUGUCCUCCAAAACCCUUGUCGGAACUCUUAUCCUUCCUGAAAUCCCAUUCUCUGGCAAUUCAGUCGAGCCCUCUCUUAAAGACAAAUCGUGCAAUAUAUAUGCCCUGAAUGAAGCUGAUAACUUGAUUAUGAUUGUGUCCGUACAAUAUCCAGUUACUGCAGAGAGAUCUCAUGCAGUGGCAAAGCUACUGAUUGGAGAACAGAUUAUUCCAGAAAAGGUCUUAAUCCUGGACUCCAUUCGUAGUAAUAACUUUCGAGGAAAACUUUCACCUGAUGAAGCGUUUGCAUUUAAGCUGGAAUCAUCUGCAGAGAGAAAAGCAAAGGCUGAUGGACGUCAAGAUUCACCACUGGUAAAAUGCACAGACUAUCUUCCAUCAGGAAGCGUUGUCGAUGGCUUGGCAGCUGCUUUAUUGAGCCGAUGUCAGUUAAAUAAGAUCCGAGGAACACUGUGUGUUUCAUGGCCUGAAGCUGGUAUUUCAGUUAUAUCACUUGUUAAAUCUCUACUGCUCAAGGAUGUCCUGUCCGGCGUGAAUCAUAUUAACGUUGGGGAUCUUGAGGAGGAAUUCCUAAAAUUAGGUAGGAAUAAGGAUUUCCUUCUUGAUUCUGAACUCUAUACAUGAAAUGAUGUCUUUGAUUUAAAACAAAUGGAACUUUUUCUGUUUCCAGCAUCACCUUGUUCCUCCUUUUUGUUAGAUUUCAAUGUAGUUUGAACAAAGCAAUAUUUUCUUCAUCUCCUGGAUUACCAACUUGAACAUGGUUCACCAUGUCAAAUUAAUAUUAUGUUCUCCAGCUAUUUGGAGUGUGAUUU